AAAGACCAAAGUUGUUUAAGCGAAAACAUAUAUGGAGAAAGAGAGAUCAAAAGAGGAAGAAGUGAAGUAUCGUGGUGUGAGAAAGAGACCGUGGGGUAAGUUUGGAGCAGAGAUUAGAGAUCCGACAAAACCUACGGGAAGACAAUGGUUGGGAACGUUUGACACUGCCGAAGAAGCAGCCAGAGCUUAUGAUCGUGCUGCCAUUGCUUUGAGGGGUGCUCUUGCGAUCCUUAAUUUUCCCGAUGAGUACUAUUCUCAUCUUCCUUUUGUAUUGUCGUCAGAUUCUUCUGCUAAGGACAAUGGAAGUUCUUUUGCCAGAAAGGAAGUUAUUGAGUUCGAGUAUUUGGAUGACAAGGUGUUGGAGGAUCUUCUUGAGAUUGAAGAGAAGAGAAGGAAGGAAUAACAAAGAUUAGAAAUUGGACUGCAUUUUUAUUCAGUUCCUCUUUUUUUUUUCUCUCUUUUUGUAUUCAUAACUGAACCUGUGUUAUUGGGUUCUUCCCCCUCCUCGUUCAACAUUGAUUCAAUUGUACACUGUAAGCUUCGAAAAUCUUGCAGUUAAUGCAACAGAUUCUUGAAAUAAUAGCACUUCGAUGUGCAUAUAUAUGGAAAAG